GUUCCACCGGGUCGAGCCACCGCCUCUCCGCUUCUUGCCCUCUCGGACGCCGCCAGUCCGCCAUUACCAUAUUCCACUUCCAAUAAGAGUACCCUAUCCCCCAGUCCGGGAACCACCCUCUGAAUCCCAGUAGCGCCUUUCGCCACCGCGGCCGACGGAGCCCCCAGCUCGCUCGCCGGGCCGCUUAUCUUCUCGCGGGUUAGUGACACUACAUCUUGGGCCCUGGAGAGGCGGGAAUUUUGUUUCGGCGGCGAGUCGGAUCCAAAGCUCGAUUCAUUUCCGGAUUUGAACUGCCCCGAGUCCCAGCACACAGCGAAAUUCCGUGUCUGGAUUCGGAUUUGGAUCUCCGUCGCCGACUGGAGCAGGCCCUCGGUUGGUUUCUCUUUCUUGCCUAUAAGUAUCGCCGGAGCCCCGAUGGAGGCCUGUAUCGUAAUAAAGAGCUUACGGCAGCUAGUUAGACAUCCGACGAGUUUGUGCUCUCUCAUCUUCAGAUCUUUGGCUGAGCUGAUGGGACUUUUCCCCAGUGUACUCGGCAAAUUCAGAGGAGACCCGCCGCCGAUGGAGAAUAUGGUGGGCAAAUCGCCGGAGCCGGAACCGGAGCUGCCACCGGAUAUGCUGUCGAGCAUCUUUGCCCUCCUCGAGGUCCCUGACCUCGUGCGCGCAGGCUCUGUCUGCUCCUCCUGGCGCUCGGUGUACACCGGACUACGGCGUCAGCUUCGGCAGCACAAACAGCGCCAGACGCCUUGCCUCCUCUACCACACCUCUGAAUCUACCGGAGAGAAUGCAGCUUGCCUCUACAGCCUUGCGGAAAAGAGGGCCUACAAGUUAACCCUCCCUGAUCCACCCAUCCGCAGUAGGUAUCUGAUUGGCUCUUCGCAUGGUUGGCUGAUCACUUCUGAUGAGAGGUCCGAGCUGCACCUUGUAAAUCCAAUCACUGGUGAACAGAUUGUUCUCCCGUCAGUGAUUACUCUUGAGCAAGUCAAGCCGAUCUUUGACGAUGAAGGUGCUAUUCAUAAGUAUGAGUUGUGGGAGCCACGGUACACUGCACUUGCAGAAUUCCUUGGUCACGAGCCCUCAAUUUAUGCUCUCGAUGAGCUCCGUGACCGCCUCUACUUCAAGGCAUAUUUGUUUCCUGAUCCACAAACAGGAAGCUACAUUGUGGUGCUUAUUCAUAAUCCAGAAUAUCAGAUUUCAUUUGCAAGGGCAGGGGGCUGUGGGUGGACCUUUCUACCACCAGGUUGGAACUAUCAAGAAUGCAUCUACAAGGAUGGUCUACUGUAUGCAGUGACAGGAACUGGAGCAGUUGAUGCUUUUGAUCUCUCUGGUUCUACCGUCACAAGGACGACGGUUCUGGGUGACAUGAAGAAUUCUAUUUCUGAGCACAUAUACAUUGUUCAGGCACCGUGGGGUGAUAUGCUGCAAGUUUGGAGGCAACAGCCCAUUGUAGCUGGUGAUGCUGAUUCGGAGAACAUAAUGGAAACCAGCAAAAUAUUUGUCUAUAAGAUUGACAUGGCAGCAAAAAAGCUUGUGGAAAUAAAUGGAUUGCAUGGCCAUGUGUUGUUUCUUGGGCAUAGCCAGACGCAGUGUCUCAGCGUGGAAGAAUAUCCGCAAUUGAAGGCAAACUGUGUCUACUUCACCGAUGAUGAUAGAUUUAUUUCAUUGUAUCAGAAUAGUAAACGUGAUAUAGGUGUUCUAAAUUUGGAAAGCGGCUGCAGGGAAGAAAUUGUGCCUCAGAUUUAUUGCACCUGGCCAAAUCCCAUAUGGAUUACACCCAGUCUUAGAAUGAUGCACUCGGGAUUGAUGUAACUGUGUUCAAUGCUAUGACAAUGGAGACAUGCUCCAUUUAUAUUUUAUCGAAUCAAUAAUUUUUUUUUUCA